AUGGAGGUGGUAGAUAUAGAUGAAUUUAUGAUAAGUAUGUUAAGUUUUAUGCACGAAGAUGAAAAUGUGAGCGAUUUUGAAGCGGAGACGAGUUUCGUGCAGUCUAUGUGUAGUGAUCCAGAAAUGGAGGUAACCUGGUGUUCCUCUUCUGGCUCAAUCUGCUCCACGAAGGAAUACUCCAGCAGUAUCAACCCGAGUCCACCUCAAGAAAUCACAUCGUAUGAAGUAAACUCCAGCAGUAUUUCGGAAUGCUCUUUCUUGACGGAAACCGAACCUGCUCCCAGGGCCGCUUCUACACCUACUAUGCCAAGGAAAGUACCUCUGAGCUUAAACAAACUCUGGAGAAUUUUAGAGGGAUUGGAGAGGAGUCAGGCGACACAGGAGGAAAGCGUACAACAACAAGAGCACCCAGUUUCACGCAGUUACGAUUUAGAAGUAUGUAUGGGAAUGUACAGUAUGUUUUCUAAGCAUGAAACUGCCUUUGGCUCUAGCAUUCGAGUUAUCUUUAAAAACGAAACAUACGCAGGACCGAAUUUUAAGGGGGGUCUUCUAUUUAACUAUGUAACAUUUUUCCCUUGA